GAAACUACCACGUGACCAAGCGUGUAUGAUACAGACGAAGAGGAAGUUCCUGGACCGAGUGCCCCGGUGUGAAGGAGGCGACGAGAAGCAGAUGUAUGACUGCGCGCCGAGGGGCCCCGUCAUGCAACAGAAGCCCCAAGCCGACAACUGGACCAUGCGCACGACGUGCAAGAUCAACGACAGGAAGCAGGUGAAGACGUCUCCGCCGUCGGAGGACCAGUUCUGCGGUCAAAAACCCAGGGGGGUGAAUUUUGAUAUGUGCGGGUGGGACGAGCCAGAGUGUCUGUGCAAGAGCAACAAGUGUUCCUCGGCCGGCGGCUGGUCAACCACGAAGGGGGAACAGGAAGAGGAAACGGAGAACGAGGCGGAAGUCCAGCCGGGCAGACGCGCCGUCCGGCGCCGUGGUGACAUCAUCAGGUCCUGCUCGUCUCCGUGUGACACGACCAGCGGCUCGGAGAAGUGCGGGAGGAAGAGAGUGACGUUCUGUUGA